AUGUUGACUCCAGCGAGACGAGUGCGCUCCCAUUCAGCGGUCAACUCGGAGCCUGGCUCGUCCUCGUGUCCGUCGCCGGGACAGCCACGAGAGCCCGUGAUUUUCCCGGUAGCUGGGAAUUGUGUAGGCCCAGCCGGAUUGAGCUCAUUUCCUUCACCUGGUCAUUUCAACAAAAGACCGUCGUCGUUCUCAGCGCUUUCUGAUGGAAAUCCCCUCGACGACGGGGGUGGAAAAGGCCCGCCCCUUCCCCAUCAUCCAGUGGCUGCUCUUAGACGAGCUGCCGUGCUUGCUUGUUGCCCAAAAAUGAAGAAAACUCCGCUAAGUCCUUGCUAUUCGACGCCUAUAGAAAAAGUUCGUUUUGGUUCGAUACGAAUCGGGAAGAAAGCAAGCAUGCGUGAAAGACCGAAAGAAUUGCGAUUGGCUAAAGAGGAGAUGUUUGACGAUGAUUCACCAACGCAUGUCCUUGAAACAGUUUUGGCACAAGAUAAAACGAAAAAAGAUGAUGGACAGAGAGAUAGUUUAUUGACGGGGAAACUGAGCUUAGCGAAAUCGUUUCGACGAAAAACUCGUCGAGAUCGUCCGCUGGCACAAAGCCGAAAUCCGGCUGAAGUCGAGGUGGUUCCACUUCCUGCUGAAGCCUCACGUAUAUUAACGAUUGAAAUGGAUGUAACGAUGCGAUUUAGACAUUUUCGCUUGAGUAGGACAAGGAAACGAAGUGAGAAAGCACAAGAGCAACGGUGGAUUGUUGCCGAUUUGUCG